AUGGAUUCUGAACCACAUUGUACCCAUGGUGCCUUAACUAAUUCUUUUGGAUGGUUAGUCCAAGGAAUACUGGCAUGUUUAGCAUUUACAUGUCUAGUUUUGAAAAGGUUUUGUGAACCUAGGAGACAAAGAAGGCCUUGGCUAAUAUGGUUUUAUGAUACGUCUAAACAAGGAAUGGGAGCCCUGGUUAUUCAUUUUGCUAACGUAUUUUUAGCUGAAUUUUUCCAAGGAGAUCCUUGCACUUGGUACAUUGUUAGUUUCUUGCUAGAUUCAUCUAUUGGUCUUCUUAUUAUUUUCAUUGGUAUUCGUCUCACACAACAUAUCUCAAGAAGAAAAGGGUGGGAUCACUUAGUUUUUGGUGAAUAUGGAAAAGCUCCUUAUGUUUAUGCAUGGUUAUCUCAAUGUGCUGUAUAUAUUGCUCUCAUGCUUAUUGAGAAAAUACUCAUUACCCUUCUUAUACAAUUGAAGUUUUGGGAUCAGGUGAGAAAAAUAAUCAUGUCUCCUAUCACCGAUCCUAAAGUAGAAGUAGCGAUUGUGGUCCUUAUUAUACCUUUCAUUAUAAAUGUUUUUAUGUUUUGGGUUGUUGACAACUUCCUAAUGCAGAAGCAUGGACGUUGGAAGCAGUCAGUCAUAAAUGGUAAAGUAAAGAUCCAUUACGAAAGGAGUGAUCAAGAGUCUUGUUCAGAAUCUGAAAUUUUAUUAUCAGGCGAAGAUGACCCUUUAGCAGUUGAAGUCAACUGCCAGCAAAGACAUCCAAUGCUCAUCUCGGUCUCCUGA